CCUACUAUACCAUUUAUAUAACAUAUAUCAAUUCUAUCUCCAAGUAAAAAAACUAUAAAUGGCUUCUUCUUCUUCUUCUUCCUCGAAACAAUUAAGGAGCAGUUCUCAGCAAUUAGGAGAUAUGGCUUUCAAAGGAGUAGGUAAUCUCCUCAAGGUUUUACCCACUGGAACUGUUUUCUUGUAUCAGUUUCUUAGUCCUGUUGUAUCCAAUAAUGGUCACUGUCACACCCUUAACAAAUACUUAACAGGUAUUCUUCUUACCAUUUGUGGAUUUUCUUGUUGCUUUACAUCCUUUACUGAUAGUUACGUCGGUAAUGACGGUGUAAUUCAUUACGGGAUCGCAACCACGAAGGGACUUUGGCCAUCAUCGAAAUCAGAGAACUUAUCAGCAUACAAACUUCGAUUUGGAGACUUUGUGCAUGGGUUUUUUACGGUGUUGGUAUUCGCUGUCAUUGUUCUACUGGACCCAAACACGGUUGGGUGCUACUAUCCUUCUUUUGAAUCAUCACAGAAGAUGCUGUUGAUGGCAUUACCUCCUGUUGUUGGUGCCAUUUCAAGCUCAGUAUUCAUGGUUUUCCCUAACAAACGACAUGGUAUAGGGUACCCUUCAAGCCAGACCCCACAAGAGUAUAGCCAAAGCUCUAGUUAAUGGUGUUUAUGCUACAUAUUAUCGAGUUUACUGGCGCGAAACUUAUUAAUGGAGUAUAAUGUAUUUGAAGAUACAGUGUUUGUCUGAAAAAUGGUUUAUGUCUUGUACUGUUCUGUUGAUGUGUGUGUGAGAGAGUCCCGUUAUUGUUUGUUCUACAAUAUAUAUAUAUACAACACUAUUUUUUUUCCUACCGAA